AUGGAGGCCACGAUAGAUCUCCCGCCUCCCUUCGGCGUCCUUGCUGCCAGUGAUGAGUUGAAGGAUGCCAUGCAGUCUCUGGACUUGGAGUUGGUAUGUACGGCAGGGGGAUGCCCUCGCAUCGACGAGGAUGACUACUUCGGAUAUUCCAGUGAGCCCCCAUACGAUACCCUCUACACGCUCGUGCGAGAUGGGACCGGCGGCUCGUACCACGUGUGGGUGGGCGGUGGUCCCGGAGAAGCUGCAGAAGCUCCGGUGGUCUACAUCGGUUCAGAGGGCGAGAGGGCCAAGAUUGGCACCACGGCUAAGCAGUUCCUCCAGACAGUGCUGAGCCUGGCGCCACACCAUUCAGGCAUCAUUGGCAUGCUGCCCGCCAUCAACACCCUUCCAGACAAUGGCGACAUCGAAGCCGCGACCGAAGCCGACUUCGACUUCCCAAAAGCAAUCAGCGCCGUGAUGGCAUGGAGCCGCGAUGAGGACGCGGGUCCAAGUCAGCGCAAGGCAGAUGCCGUCCUUGCGGCUGCCGGCAUUGCCCGGCUCAGUGUAGAGGAUGCCAUGAAAGAGCUGCUGUCUUCCCAUUUGGCAACCCCUCGGUUCGCCGUUCAAAGUGAGGAUUAG